AUGGCCGGGUCACCGCCACCCCCCCACCGCCGUAACCGAUCCUCUCUCCUCCUCCCCGUUCUCUUGGUGCUCUCCUGCUCCGCCCUGCUCGGGCAGGGGGCCGAAGCGAGGCCGGCCUUCGCGUGCGGAAAGGAGUUCGCGCAUCUGCCCUUCUGCCGGAGGACGAUGCCGGUACACAACCGCGUGAAAGACCUCAUUGGGCGGCUGACGCUGCAGGAGAAGAUCCGGCUGCUAGUGAACAAUGCCGCCGGGGUGCCGAGACUGGGGAUAUCCGGCUACGAGUGGUGGUCCGAGGCUCUCCACGGCGUGUCCAACGUCGGUCCCGGCACCAGAUUCGGCGGGCAUUUUCCCGGCGCCACCAUCUUCCCCCAGGUCAUCCUCACCGCCGCCUCCUUCAACGCCUCCCUCUGGGAAGACAUCGGCAAGGUGAUAAUAUCUAAGAAGUUGAUACUGCUGCCGCUUUUCCUUUAUCCAUGAUGAUUCAUUAGGGACUCAUACGACUGCAUAGCCAAAGCCCCACGCCACACCAGCUUUCUCCUCCAUCUCCUUUUUAUGCUCUGGGUGGAGAGUGGAGACCCAUCUGCUGGGAAUCUCUCGCUAUCCUGUUGAGGGGGAUGAUGACACAUACAUGGAGUUGGCUUUUGUUUAGAGAAGAGAUCUAUGAGACCUGUAGUUUACACAGCUCCACCCGAUCCAUCUUCAUCUUCCUGGGCUGAGAUCUAGACCACUGAUGACCCCACUCACCAAGAGUUAGUCGGAUUUCGUAGUCUCACCUCGUUCGGCUUCUUGAAACUCCCGUUAUUCCAGUGACCGGAUCGGAAACCUGAUCUACCGCAGAACAUCGGUACAUUCCUCCUUUCACCAACUACCUGUACCGUGGGCAAUCACCUUUAGUUAUCUUUCCGUCGGUAUCCCACGUCAGAGCUUGGCGGCUCUCUCUCUCUCUCUCUCUCUCUCUCUCUCUCUCUCUCUCUCUCUCUCUCUCUCUCUCUCUCGAUUUCUCUGUAUUCCUGGGCCAAGCUGAAAUCUUUGAAAGCAUUUCUUGGUCGGUAAAUAUUUAUUGUCGGCAGCCCGAUGAUUAUUGGUCAGAGCUCUGGACGGUGCUUGUCCGGCGAUUGGCGGUCUUCAGGGUUAAUUUCCAGCGGUUAAUCGGAACUUGAUCCAGCCAGGCUCGUCAGACGCCUAAAACCAAUCAAUGCCGACUUCACGGGCGACGGAAAUGCCAGCUUCUUCGCCGACUACAUCUUCUUCUGCAUGGGUUUCCUCCUCCCUAAUCUUGCGAGUCGUGGUGUGUGAGCAGGUGGUGUCCGACGAGGGCCGGGCCAUGUACAACGGGGGGCAGGCGGGGCUGACCUUCUGGAGCCCCAACGUGAACAUCUUCCGGGACCCACGGUGGGGGAGGGGGCAGGAGACCCCCGGCGAGGAUCCCCUCGUCGCUGGCAGGUACGCCGCCAGCUACGUCCGCGGCCUCCAGCAGCCCUACGGCUACGAGGCCAACCGCCUCAAGGUCGCCGCCUGCUGCAAGCAUUACACCGCCUACGACCUCGACAACUGGAAGGGCGCCGAUCGCUUCCACUUCAACGCCCGGGUAAGCUCUCGACGCACCGGUGGCGCCGCCAGUUUCCUCCCUUGUAAUCCCUCUGGGUGACGCGUCCCGCCCCAUGGAGCCGCAGGUGACGAAGCAAGACCUGGAGGACACCUUCAACGUGCCUUUCAAGAGGUGCGUGAUGGAAGGGAAGGUGGCCAGCGUGAUGUGCUCGUACAAUCAGGUCGACGGCGUUCCCACCUGCGCCGACCGCAACCUCCUGCUCGACACAAUCAGGGGCGAGUGGGAACUCAAUGGCUACAUAGUCUCCGACUGCGACUCCGUCGGCGUCUUCUACAACUCUCAGCACUACGCAUCCACGCCCGAGGACGCCGCCGCCGACGCCAUCAAAGCAGGUACGACGCCGGCGACCGCAGUGGGUUUCUUAUUGUUGCUUCGAGCGUGGGCCUUCGCCUGAAACUGUUCGUCUAUGGUCUUGAUUAGGCCUGGAUUUGGAUUGUGGGCCUUUUCUCGCACAACACACUGAAGGGGCCGUGAGGAAGGGGAAGGUGCAAGAGCUGCAGGUGAACUACGCCCUUGCGAACACCCUCACAGUCCAGAUGCGGCUGGGGAUGUUCGAUGGCGAACCCUCCGAGCAGCCCUUCGGGAAACUUGGGCCGUCUGACGUGUGCUCGCCGGCCCAUCAGAGCCUCGCCUUGGAGGCCGCUCUCCAGGGCAUCGUGCUGCUGAAGAACGACCGCCUUGCGCUCCCGCUCUCCGCUUCUCGCUUCCGCACUGUCGCCGUCGUUGGGCCCAACUCCGUCGCCACCGCCACCAUGAUCGGCAAUUACGCCGGCGUGCCGUGCCGGUAUGCGACGCCGCUGCAGGGGAUCGGAAGGUACGCAAGGACCAUCCACCAGCCGGGAUGCAACAACGUACCCUGCGCGGGGAACCAGCCGAUAGAUGCGGCCGUGACCGCAGCGAGGGAGUCGGACGCGACGAUCCUGGUGAUGGGCCUCGACCAGUCGCAGGAGGCGGAGAUGAAAGACAGGGAGAACCUCCUCCUGCCGGGCCGCCAGCAAGAGCUCGUCUCCAAGGUGGCCUCCGCCUCCAGAGGCCCCACGGUGCUGGUCCUCAUGAGCGGCGGCCCCCUGGACGUCACCUUCGCGAAUAACAACCCCAAGGUCGCCGCCAUCCUCUGGGUCGGCUACCCAGGCCAGGCCGGGGGGGCGGCCAUCGCCGACGUCAUCUUCGGCGCCCACAAUCCAGGUGACCACCUCCAUCGCCUCCUCUGUUUUCCUCGCCUCCACUUGAACAGUCAGAUCCACCGGGAAUCUCACUUGGGCUUUUGUUACGCAGGGGGUAAGUUGCCGACAACAUGGUACCCAGAGGAGUUCGCCGCCAAGGUUCCGAUGACGGACAUGGCGAUGAGGGCUGACCCGGCGAACGGCUACCCCGGCAGGUCCUACAGGUUCUACAGAGGCCCCGUGGUGUACCCUUUUGGCCACGGCCUCAGCUACACGUCUUUCUCGCACUCCAUCGCCCACGCGCCCACCGCCAUCUCCGUCAACCUCGCCGGCCGGCGUGGUCCCGCGCAGGCCAAUUCCACCACCGGCCGCCUACUGAGCGCCGCCGCCGUGAGGGUGACCCACGCUCGAUGCGACGAGCUGGCGAUGGACGUGCUCGUGGACGUCGAGAACACCGGAGACAGGGACGGCGCCCACGCCGUGCUCCUGUUCGCGAGCCCGCCGGGGGGGCACCGUGCGCCGUUCAGGCAGCUGGUCGCUUUCGAGAAGCUCCACGUGCAGGCGCAGUCGCGGGCGCGUGUCCGUUUGGGCAUCGACGUCUGCAAGGAUCUGAGCUUCGCAGACGCAAAUGGGAUCCGAAGGAUUCCGAUCGGCGAGCACACCCUUCAUAUCGGCGACCAGAAACACACUUUCUCCAUCCACGCGGCGGCUCCAGGCCUUUGA